CGCGAUGUCCUGGUAGAUCGUCACAACCGAGGCUCUGCAAUCCAUCGUAUAUAAGACGCAGAGGUUCGUCCCAUACUCUCCAUUCCACAGCCCUCACGGCAAUGGGUAUCUUCCAGGCUCUCUCCUACGCCUCUCUGGCGCUCUUCGCGUCCAGCGCUUCCGCCCUCGAUUGGUCAGCAGACCCAGUCAACCCUCCCUCCGUCCCACUCGCCGUCCGCACCCCGUACCUUUCCGCAUGGCUUCCCCAGGGUGCCGGUGCUUCGCUCGCCGGCACUUGGCCCGAGUUCUGGGCUGGCGCUACUCUCGGAUGGGGUGGCUACGUUCGCGUUGAUGGCACCACUUACACUUUCCUCGGCAACCCCGUUGUCCCUAACCUGAGCCCGGCUCUGGCCACCCAGAAGAGUUUGACUUACACCUCGACCCAGUCGACCUUCGUCCUGACGGCCGGCCCUGUCGACAUCACUGUCAACUUCCUCAGCCCUGUCGAGCCCACCGACCUCGUCAAGCAGUCGACCCCCUUCUCGUAUUUGGCCAUCUCGGCCGCUGCCAACGACGGUGGUUCUCACUCCGUCACGCUCUACUCCGAUAUCUCGGCCGAGUGGGCUUCCGGCGACAACACCCUGCCCGUCAACUGGACCUCGACCACCUCGGGUGACGUUUGGUUCCACCAGGUCCAGCUCCAGAGCCCAUCUGUCUACGCUGAGAGCAACGACCAGUCUCAGUACGGUUCUGCCUACUAUUCCACUCAGAGCUCCACCAGUGCUACCUGGCAGACUGGUGCGGACGUCGACGUUCGCGCUCAGUUCAUCAACAACGGCAAUCUCGCCAACUCCGGUGACACCAACUUCCGUGCUAUCAACGACAACUGGCCCGUCUUCGCUUUCGCUCACGACCUCGGUACCGUUUCCAGCGCUUCUGACCCCGUCAUCUACGCCAUUGGCCACGUCCGUGACCCCGCCAUUCAGUACGUCACCGCUGGCAACAACCUGCAGGACCGUAGCUCCUAUUUCUGGACCAAGUACACGAGCGUCACUGAUGCUAUCAACGAUUUCGUUGGCAGCUACUCGACUGCUCUCUCUGAUGCCAACACCUUCGAUGCCAAGGUCAAGAGCGAUGCCACCGCUAUCUCCAACAACUACUAUGCUAUCGUCGCUCUCUCCAUUCGUCAGGCCUUCGGUGCUACCGAGCUCACUGUCUCCCGCAACAGCGACGGCACGUGGAACACUGACGAUGUCCUCAUGUUCAUGAAGGAGAUCUCCUCGGAUGGUAAUGUCAACACCGUCGACGUUAUGAUGCCUGCUUGGCCCGUUCUCCUUUACACCAACCCCACGCUCGGCAAGUACCUCCUCCUCGGCCUCUUCCAAUACCAGCAGACCGGUCUCUACCCCAACACCUGGGCCGUCCACGAUCUCGGUGCUUCCUACCCCAAGGCCAUCGGACACAACGACGGCAACGACGAGAAGAUGCCUCUCGAGGAGUGCGGCAACAUGCUCAUCAUGGCUCUUAGCUACACCCAGAAGUCUAACGACCAGUCGCUCAUCUCGACCUACACCAAGCUCCUCGAACAGUGGACUGGCUACCUCGUCGAUGAGGCCCUUAUCCCCGCCGAUCAGAUCUCGACCGAUGACUUCGCCGGCUCGCUCGCCAACCAGACCAACCUCGCUAUCAAGGGCACCGUCGGUAUCGCAGCCAUGGCCGCGAUCGAGGGCCUUCUCGGCAACACCGACGCCCAGCAGAACUACAGUAGCAUCGUCUCGUCUUACUCCCCGCAGAUCAUCCAGUUCGCCAGCGCCUCCAACCACCUCGAGCUCAACUACGGCGCGUCCGACAGCUGGGGCCUGACGUACAACAUGUACGCGGACAAGCUCCUCGGCACGAACGCGUUCCCGCAGUCGCUCUUCGACUCGCAGACGGCGUGGUACAAGGGCGUGAUCAACCAGUACGGCGCGCCGCUCGACACGCGCCACACGUACACCAAGUCGGACUGGCAGAUCUGGACCGCCGCGUUCGUGACGGACAACACGGUGCGCGACGCGAUGAUUGACGCGGUGUACGCGUACAUCGGCGACGGCCAGAACAACGUGCCGUUCAGCGACUGGUACGACUCGGUGGCGGGUACGACUAGCGGCUUCCGCGCGCGUCCUGUCGUUGGUGGUCACCUUGCUCUUCUCGCUUUGUAAAAACAUGUUCGUUGAACGACUAGGGUGUAAAGUUGUGGUUGUGCGAGUAAACUUUCCUUAGGGUAAUUAUUGUGGAUGUAUAGUAGAAUGUGCAAAUACCUAGGGACCCGUCCCUGCUAUCAACUC